UAAGAGAAGCUCUGCUGCGAUAGCGCGCUGACGCUGUCAUGUCCCUCCUGCUCGGGUGACCGCUUGAUGUUUACAUAUUCGCUCAGAGACAGAGAGGCCAUUCCGGAGCUCUGACCGUGUAUCGGACUCUGACCGACAUAAAGGCACAAUCAGCAGCAAAACAAUGGCGUCAGCCCAAUUUGAUGAGAAGCCAGAGCCAGGUGACCUUAUCGAAAUCUUCCGGGGUGCAUACCAGCACUGGGCUAUUUAUAUUGGUGAUGGUUACGUCAUCCACCUGGCUCCACCUUCUGAGUAUGCCCAAGCCGGCGCCUGCAGUAUGAUGUCCAUCGUGUGUAACAAAGCCAUAGUGAAGAAAGAGCAGCUGUGGGACGUGGUGGGAGAUGACAAGUAUGCCAUCAACAACCUGAUGGAUAAAAAAUACGAGCCUCGUCCUGUCAAUGCUAUCCUCCAAGACGCGCACAGCCUUCUGCGCCAAGAGUUACCCUACUGCGUGUUCAGGGGGAACUGCGAGCAUUUCGUCACUGAGCUGAGAUAUGGGAAGCCAGAGUCUCGACAGGUGCGGGAAACAGUGGAGGUCGGAGUAGGUAUAGGUAUUUUAGCUAUUGCCGUGGGGGUUCUCGCUACUGCCAUAUACAGAUCAGGGAAGAAGGAGAAAAAGAGCACGCAGUGAACUAUGAGAUGAAGAGGAGCUGUAGACACAAAUCACCAGCAGGCCUUUUAAAUGGAUCUAAAGCCUUAAUGCAUUGUACACUUACACAACCGGCCACUACUAUGGAUACUGGAUGUAUAUAGAGAUUUGGUUUUGACUAAGCACAAACAAAUUGUACACUAUUUAUUUUAAAACUCCUUGCAGUGAGAUUUCAUUACAUAUAACACAUAAGAGCAGGUCUCACUCAUAAAAUAUAGACUUUGAUAGACUUGUAAUUCUAAUUAGUUUUCUAUGAGGGAAUCUUUUAAAACUUUUAAAACUUAGCCCUGUUAGGGUACAACAUGUUAAAACUGGGGUUGAAUUGCAGUGGUGGUAUGGGUUUGGAGGAGCGGUGGUCCAGCUUUUUAAAGAAACUUCUUAACUGCUCUUGUUUCCCAGUUCAGGUCUCUCUGUUAAAUUCAACACAAUAAUGUGCUUAAGAAGGGGGGAAAAAACAGCCAAAACGAACACUGCCCCGUCUACAUCAUCAUGGUCAGACAUCAUCUGUGUUUGACAUGCCAUUAGCUCCAGUGAGCUUUAAUUACUGUUUAACAGUAAACAGACUUAUAAAAGAAAACAACUGAUUCAUGAUCAGAAACUACUGUUUGUGUAUUGGUGCUUUGCUUUGGAUUUAUGUAUUAAUUGUUUAAUAUAUUAAGUGUGUACUUUGAUAAUAUAAAAUGUGUAAGUUAAUAUUAAACAGGUUAUGUUUGAUCAUA